AUGAAAAUCGAUAAACAACAAAUAGCAUCGACAUCAUUAAUCUCUUCCUCGUCAAUUUUACCAGCCACAACCGCAACAACAAAUUCUUCAACUUUAACAAAAACUGAAUGUCUUGGAUCACGAAUGGCUCCAAGUGGAGCUGUUGUACCAGAAGAAACAAAUCCAAAUGGAUUAGUGAGCAAUGAUGAUAUUGAAAAUCGAACAAAGAUGAUGAUGCGUUUUAUGGAUGAUUUAACGAAUAUUUAUUUUUCAACAAGAAAUUCCUUAAGAUUGACUGUUGAAAAUGAUGGAUCAUGUAAUGGUGACAGUGGAUUAGGUGCAUUUCGAGAUAAUUUAGCUGCUGUUACAAAAUAUUCACGUUGUAAACCAAUUUCAACUGUUAAUUUUGUUGGAGAAAAUUUUGCUCAAGCUAGUAUUGUAUCAAGAAAAUCAGCGUUUUCUUAG